AAUGGGGACUUGCGAUCUGAUGGCUGGCGAGCAGAACUUCGAAUGCGGCGACCUUGCAGCGAUUUACGAGGGCAAGGACAAGCCCGUGUACCUGCAGGUGCGUGCUGGCGGCAGGUGCAACGACAAUCCCGAGGUCAUCGAUGACCCGCACUUCACCGGCGCGCACGGCACGCACUUCGACUUCAACGGCCGCCCCGACAAGGCGUUCUGCCUGCUGACGGAUAAGAACGUGCACGUGAACAUGCUGCUGAGGGGAUACUACGACGACCGUACCGAGGGCGCGGCUCUUGUUGUCGACGGAAAGGCCGUUCACACGUGGAUCAA